CCUUACCUCAGUCCAACUCAAGCCCCUCUCGUCAUCACUCGAUUAAAAAGCUUCAAAACCAAACACGCAAUCAUCAAACGGUCUUCUUCGUCUCCCUUCCCUUCCUCCCUCCCUCCCGCUCUCUCUCUCAACAAUAAGCACCAAGCACCUUCCUUGCAUCCAUUGGAAUAUCCCUCUCUCUCUUUCGAUUCAUUGUCCUCCUAAAUCCAUCUCUUUCGAUGAAUAAUUGAAUCCCCAAAUGGAUUUUGGAACUACAGUUUCUCCUUUUCCUAUGUAGAGCGGUUUAUUUUUAGUAAAUUUCAUUCGAUGGGCAUCUGCAAAUAAGCUUUCAUGUGCAUUAUCCCUCCUCAAAAUCCAUCUUUUGCGAAGUUGGUGCCAGCGAAUCGAGUGAUUCAAUCCGGAGGAACCCAAUACGCUGCUGCCACCAAAUUGGGUUCCUCUCGGGAUUGAAGGGUAGAUCGGAUUUUGGUGACGGAAAUUCGCGUUUUUCUAUUCCACGGCGGUCGGGAAGAUGAACGCAGUGGAACGAUUAGGGAGCUACAUAACGAGGGGAGUCUACACUGUUGCCAGGCCAUUCCAUCCGUUUGGUGGCGCCAUUGACAUCAUCGUGGUGGAGCAGCAGGACGGCACCUUCAAAUCGACACCUUGGUACGUGAAGUUCGGCAAAUUUCAGGGAGUGUUGAAGCGACGGGAGAAGCUUGUCACCGUCUCCGUCAAUGGCGUGGAGGCUGAGUUUCACAUGUUCCUGGACCACAAGGGCGAGGCUUAUUUUCUCAAGGAGGUUGAUCAAGAUGACGACGAUGGGGCUCCAAGUGCGCCAUCUUCCGGUGAAGACACGGAGGAUGGGAAGCGGAGAAAGAAGGGUAGUUGUCAGUCCGAAGAUUUGGACAGCCGCCAGAGAUCGGAGUUGGACGAAGAUUCCAUGAAUCCGGCGAGGACGGUGAUCAAUGAGAACAACGGGAAGUUGCUGAUGAGGACCAAUUCGAGGCGAUCUCGCAUUCUCGGGCUUGUUUUUGGGAGGAGGUCGAUGAAGGGGGAGAGGAGGGACGGCAGUGGCGCCGAUAGGAUCGACUCGUUGGAGAGAACUGAGAUUGCAGCUGAUCUUCUCGAAGUCAAAUGGUCGACCAAUUUUUCUGAUCGUACGAAGGAAGGUACUGCCACUAAUUCUUCGUCGCUGUCUUCUAUCUCUCCCUUGACUAAUGGCAGGGAUGAUCCUGGUUUGGCUAAGGAUAGACGAGUAGGUGAGAAUUACGACGCUAGUGCUUUGAUUUUGAAGAAUUCUGCUCGGGAGAGUCCUUCUCUGCCGCAAGAUGAUUCAAUUGUAGGAAAGAACUCUGAAUUGGACUUACCAGGAUCUCUAAACUCCUGUUCUUCGCUGGAAUGUAGCUCGGUUUUGUCUCUGCCUGCUGAAAAAGAAACACAAGAAAACGAUUGUGUUGGCAUUGAUAAAGAGCUGGCGAUGUCUCCACCACUUACAGAAUCGGAGAGUUCAGACGAAAAAGAACCAAAAGAAAAUGGUGGGAACGUCCUUUCGACGGAUGGAGUUUCUGAUGUGGCGAGGGAGGUGAAUGGCGACGCCCCAUCAUCUUCUAAUAUUGCUCCACGCUGGAAUGUAGCAGAAGAGGAAAAUUGUGAUGUUGAUUUUCUUGAGUUGGUGACUUCUGGUAUGAAGGAUCCUUCUUCCAUGCUAGAAGAUAGUUCUGUUGGGGGAAUGGAUGAUGGGAUGGAGUUUUCAGUUCUCCAAAAUUCAUGUUUAGCGUUGGAAGCUAGCUUUCCAUUACCCAAAAGUGCUGAAAAAGAAGAACAAGAAAACGACUGUUCUGGCAUCCGUGCCGGGGCGCAAAUGUCUACAAUGGUUAUAGUAUCAAAACGUUUGAAUUCAGGUGCAAAAGAAUCAAACGAGGAGUGUACGUGCGUCACUUCAAUGGCAGAAAACUCUAAGAAGGAGGGUGAAUCAGAAGAUGAUUCUCUUUCGUCAUCUACUCUGGAACCUGGGGUCGAUGAUGCUAAUACAAGGACUUGCAACGAUGAGAUUGUUGAGCAGGAAACUGUUCAGAAAGGCUGGACGGAUGAGGUUCAGCUCAAUGCUGAGUUGUUAUGUGAGACAACUGAGCUGGUUAAUGAACCUACUUUAUCGCGCAACUUGCUUAUACAGGUCGAAGAAAAAGAGAAAAAUAUGGUUCAACCCAUGGAAGUCUUUCAAUUCGAUGAUAUUUCAGAAAACGAAAAUCUUGUGACGAAUGUGGCUGUUGACGUGGAUACAUUGGAUAGAGCUUCUCCAAUGGAGACGGGGAAGAAUUCUGAAAGCCAAAGGGAACAUCUAGAUGAUGUCUGCUCCUCUCCAGAUCAAUUUGACAAUGCCGAAGUCACGGAAAAUUUGUCAUAUCAUGGUGCCAAUUUAGCAUAUCCCAGCUAUCCACUAUCAUUGAAGGAUAAAACAUCAACCGAAAGCAUUUCGUCUGGUCAGGGCGGUCACAAGGCAGACAAAAAUGAGUUAGAAAUAGAUAAUGAUGUCACAGUGCUGACCUCUGUGGCUAGUUCCCUGAAUUCUAUUAAUGGCAGUCUGACUGCAUCUUGUUCAGGCCACGUUGCAGGCUGUCAACUUUUGGAAGAUGAGCUUCUUACUGAUAUUUCCAGCUUUCCGAAUGACAAGGACAAUGUUCCAGCAUGGCCCUCCCAAGAUGCAGCAGUUGAUGGAGAAAUGAUGACAUAUGCUACCAAUGGUACUCUGGAGAAGACAAGUGAGCUGGAGAGGAUGCAUCACGAAUCAUCUUUGUCUUCCGAGCUUAUCUUUGAAUCAACCACAGAAGAUGACAUACAGGAGUCGUCGUGUGAUUGUUAUCAUAUGACGCCUGUUGAAGCAAUGGAGAGAUCCAAGCCAAUUAGCAUCUUAAAACCUCUCAAGCAUGAAGGUGAUGCCGAACCAUUCUCAAAAUGUUUACCCGUCCUCAGAUCUGGCAUCUCUGACCUGGAAAGCUUUGGCAUUCAGACUCUAAGUCAUUCACGGACUUCGAACUAUGAACUCUUGAAGAUGGGAAUCCUCGGGAAGGAUUUUGAAAGCCCUUCAGAUGAUAGAGUUGCAUCUAAAGUUAAAAUGGAAACCGAGCAGAGCAAGCCUGAGGGUGAUACUUCCGUUUGUGAAACUCAAAGUGGAUCAGAAUCCCAAAGGCCUCCAGUUGACAAUCUCGUUGAAAUAUCUCUUUGUAAGCACUUGCUGUCUGAAGGAAUGGGGAUCGAAGCUGCUUCAAAGGCAUUUGAUGCCGAGAAAGUUUCUUUUGAGAAGUUCAGUGCUUUGGGCCCAUCAAUUCUAAAAAAUGAUAGGCUUGUAGUUAGGAUAAACGGUCAAUACUUUCCAUGGGAUGCUGCAGCACCAAUUGUUCUGGGCAUGGUUUCAUUUGGACAUGAAAAGGCAUUGGAACCCAAGGGCAUGAUUGCUGUUGAACGAAUUGAAAAGAAACUUGAAAAGUACCCCUCCUCUGCAAUUGUUCCCUCAGGUGGAAGCUGGAGAUUCUGGCCGUUUGGUUUUAACAAAUCAAAAUCACUUACAGCUACUCGGUCACUCCCAAGUGAUUGCUUGGGUGACAGUGGUGAAAAAUCUCUUGAGAAGCAACUUAGUGCAGCAGAAAGGGAGGAUAUGAAUACAAGAUCUACUAAGAAGGUCCGAACAAUUAUUCCAACAUCUGAACAGUUGAAAUCACUGAACCUGAAAGAAGGGCAGAACAUAGUAACUUUUACAUUUUCUACUGCAAUGCUUGGAAAGCAACAGGAUAUUGUCUGAUAUGCAGACACUUACCGCAGAUUGGAUGUCAAGCACAGCCAACCCAGAAGCUGCGUUGGCACCGGUGUAAGGUACUCUCAUGAUGAACAAGAUAGACUAGUUUGUGUUCCUUUGAUUCAGUGAGUUGGGCUUUAUCAUAAGUUUUCUUUUUUUAAUUUAAGUUUCCAGAUUGCAGGAUAUUGUCUGCUAUGGGUAAACUUUUCAGCAGAUUGGAUGCCAAACAUGGGUAACCUACAAACUGAGUUGCCACCAGUGCAACAGACACAAAUACACCCAGAGUCAUGAUUCAGUUUAUAUAAUAUGGUAGUGUCUCGAUACCCGUGUUUUUUGAAAAUGCUCCUUACCGGUAUUCAUACCUAGAGAUCUAGUUGUGUGCAUACUACAUAUUAUUGAUGCUGAGGGCCUAGCCUUGCAGAGAGUUGCACUUCCCUUGAGUUUCAUAGGUGAUUAACAUAAAAAUUAUAUGCUUAUGAUUUAUCACAAAGAAAUAACAUGUAAGUACUGUAUAAUUGUAGAUUGUCGAAUUCCACAAAAACAAACAUAAAGUUUUACAUACAUGGGGAAAAAAAUUCUGGUUCACUCCUCAUGUUUAGGUUCAUCUUGCGAAGAGCUUGAUUCCACCUAGCAAUUGAUUGAAUGUGAAGUUUCUUUCUGCUUGUUUUCUUCCUUUUUUCUGUGUUGCCUUCAUAAAGUUGAUGUAUUCUUGUGUUAAUCUUCAUCAUCGGGUAUCAUUUCAUGCUUAAAUCAGGUGGUUGUGCAUCACUUAGUCUUGUUUUUGUUUGUUACAGCUUUUAGCUCUAACCUAUUGGAUGAGAUGACAUCGCAAAAUGUUGUUGUGAGAUGUUGAUCUUAAGAUGCUUAUCUUAAAGUGUUAUUGUUAAUGUUACCAAAAGAUAAAUUGAUGUAGUGACGGUUGGUCAGCUUAUUUAAGACGGUGCAUAUCAUAACAGCUUAAUUUUUUGAUAGUUACUCAAUUUGGGCAGCUAUCUUUAUGUGUUUAGUCGAAUGAAUUAGUUUCUAUUGCUCUCAAAAUAAAGUGCUGAUCAUGGAACUGCUUAUAAUGCUACCAUUUUUUUCUUAAUUAGUAGUUAUGCCAUAUAAAGCCUAUCCAUAAGCUUGCUUGUCAUAGUGUGGCAUCCUGGCAGCAUUCUCGUGCUCCAAGCAUUGACAUAUUAACAUGUGUGAAGGAUCCGCAUAUUUGGUAAGUUUCUGUCAUUCUCUCAAUUGAAAUAAGAGAAAACGUGUAAUCCACAUUGUAUAAAUGGCAAUAUUAAGUACAGACACAUACUCAUAAUUGUUCAGUUGUUAGCUAUAUGGCUGUGAUGUCCAUGCCUUUAAAUUCAUCAAUAGACUUAAAUAUAAUAUUUGCCCAACACAUACACUGGCUUUUGUCAGUAUUUAGAAAUUAAUUAUUGAAGUUUACAUAUUAAAUGACAUUAUUAAUGCUAUUAAUAUUUUGUUGGAUAUGGAGAUCACUUAUAAACCAGAAGAUUAUAAAUGUCAAAAAAUGAUAAAUAUUACACUUUGCUGAACACUAACAUCAACACCAACACUAUCUUGAUGGCCAUUGAUACAAAAGACAAUGUAAGCUUAGGCAGAUUGUGGAUCCUCAAGCCUGACACAUCUGGACUCAAAUCUCAUCUAUUACAACAAAUGUAAGAGGAGAAGUGAUUUGGUGCUAUGAUUUUAUACUGCAAAUUUGUUGUUUUUAACAGCUCUAACAACUCAGGAGAAUGGAGUUAUUUGGUGGACUGUUCUAUUGAAGAAGUAGAAUCUCUGAGCCUAAGCAAGAGAAUAUACCAAUCAAUAUUGUUUGUGAUAUUGCACAUAUUCUCAUGGUCAAUAAGCCACCACAUAUGAUACUUA